AUACCAUGUUUAUCAAAUAAUACAUUGAAAUUUAAUUAUACAAGAUUGAAAAACUUCUCGCAAUGUGCAGGCGUAAAUCGUAUAAGACUUUAUAAUUAUAUUACACAAUCAUUGCCAAUUAUUGCACCUGCAAUAAAUAUCACCGAACAUCUGGGUAGAAUACUUCGUCCAAAAGAUUUCUUGGUGAAAUGUCCAGUAUGUGCUGUCAAAAGUUUCUUUGGCUGGAGAGAUUUUGAUAGUGAUAAUGAACAAAGACAUUGCGCACGUGAAAUUCAAACUUAUGCACAUGGUUGGCCACAACAUGCGCGCUUUUGUGAUGAGGAAGAUGCGCAUGAUGAGCCUGAUUUUUGUCGUCUUCAUGCGACACUUCGUUACAAAUUUGGUGUAACACAGGAAGAUAAUGAAUGA